AUGAGGGCACUUAUUUCCAACUUGUUUAUAACCACUCCCUCCAUAAACGAUCCUGCCUUGAGAUUACAUUUUACUCUGCGAACAAUUUACUUGAGCCUCUUGGCAAACUCUCGACCCCAGACCGAAGCUCUUCUCCACUAUUCCCUACAAACACUGAACGAUCUCGAUGUAUCACCAGCUCAAUGCUUAUCGUUAUAUUCACAAUUUCUUGCACUUCUUGUAUUUAUUCCGGAUACUUCUAAGGAUCAACCAUUGCUCAUGUUUAAAGAAUUUGUCAAAGUUGUUCAGAGAAAGAAAUGGCCGCAGAAUAGCGAAGGUAUGCUCGGAGAUGCUUGGAUACUUUGUUUGCGAUACCUUUGGGCGGUGUCUCGUCGAGAAUUCCCCGUGAAAUUCACCAAUGUGCAAUCGAAUGAUGUCUUUCAUGGAUCAAGUAGUAUAUAUACCACUGCCAUUAUGGAGAAUCUUGAUAUGAUUAUGCAGCAACUACUUGCGCUGAUCGAAACGCAGUCACCAGCAAAACCAACUGUUGCACUCCAUCUUCUUGAAUUUGCCGUCGUAAGGCUGGAACUCCGAGGACCAGUUGUGAAGCUCGUAUCCAAUCUGCUGAAACGGUGUGCCAAAAGCGGACAGUUUGUAGUACGUGUACGAUGUAUCAUUGAUGACCUGAUAAAGUUAUCUGAAACGAACGAAGAAGUGAAACAAGCUCUAGUCAAAUUGAAUGAUGAUGACGACUUUGACAGUCUAUCUACGGUGGACAGUUCGCCUGGGAAAAAUGUAGCGAAGAGGAACGGAUCAGACGAAGAAAAGUUUUACGAGCUUAUGAGAAAGUAUGAAGAACUGAAAAAGAAAAUGGAUGAUGUAGAUGAACUUGCGCGACAGAUAAAAUUUGCCAUGGAACUGCAAAAGCUAAUGAGUGACUGCUAUUCGAAUCGCGUUACGUCGUUCCCCAUCGAGACGGGUAUGGAGAUGCGGUGUCUAGCAUCCGGUUCUCUGUUGAUUCUUUUCACAAUUCACAACAAAACCUCAGAUGAUCUCAUAGGCUGGUCAAUUUCUGCUUCUUUAUCGCCAACAAUGGCUGAUACUGCAAGUACCUCAUCCUCUUUAUCGCAAAGCAUAGCAUUGCAAACGCUUGCACCA